GUUACACUGGCACUCUAUGCGGACACGUGCACGGUCCUCUCUCUCUCUCUCUCUCUCUCUCUCUCUCUUUGGGUGAUGCAGUCAGAGAUUCCAGCGCUCGCGCUGUCACCGACAGGACCCCCAACUGACAAAACUGCUUGGGAAAAAAAAUGCUAAAUUGUCUUUUUUAACGACAAAUGAGGAUAUAUUUUCGUUUUUCUCUCUGUUUUGGGGCGUUUCUUCGUUGAGGCAGAUGACAAUGAGUGUUUUGAGGGAGUAAUAUGGAUGAGCAAGCCAAGAAAAGCGGCUGAGGAUUUUUAACAGUUUGGGUGAAACGGUUAGGCUGCCGUUAGAAGGCUGGUUAGCUUACUUCGCGACGACAUCAAAGAGGCAACAGGCAUGACUUUCCAGUAGCAGUUUAAAAAAAAAAAGGCCAAUAAAUCUACCUGCAUGCAUCUGCCUCUCUGCUUUUUACUCGGUAAUAUCAUUUCCAGUUGAAGAACAUAUUUUAUUCGGAUAAAGAUGGCUCACCUAAUACGACACAAGCUCACCAACAAGCUGACCAAUGCGGCCCACACAGUGUCCAACAAAUCUCAGGCCAAGGUCAGCGGGGUGUUCGCCCGGCUGGGCUUCCAGGCCGCGACGGACGAGGAGGGCUUGGGUUUCGCCGAGUGCGACGACUUGGAUUAUGACUACAGGCAAGGGAUGCAAAUGGAUGUCCUUCAGGGAGAAGAGGAAGGGGGACACCUGGAGGGAGAGGGGGAGCUGGAGGGAGACAGCCACUACCAGAGAGACGGCACUGGCCGGAGGCCCUCGUCCCUGAAGACAGGAGGCUCGCUGGAUGAGGAUAAGCCAAAAAUCACGACAUGGGAAGCUGGCUGGAACGUCACCAAUGCCAUUCAGGGCAUGUUCGUCCUCGGCCUGCCGUACGCCAUCCUCCACGGCGGCUACCUCGGUCUCUUCCUCAUUAUCUUCGCGGCUGUGGUGUGCUGCUACACCGGCAAAAUCCUCAUCGCGUGUCUGUACGAGGAGAACGAGGACGGCAUAAAAGUGCGCGUGAGGGACUCCUACGUGGACAUCGCCAAUGCCUGCUGCGCGCCGCGCUUCCCAGCGCUGGGCGGGCACGUUGUGAACGUGGCUCAGAUUAUCGAGCUGGUCAUGACCUGUAUUCUUUACGUUGUGGUCAGCGGCAACCUGAUGUACAACAGUUUCCCGGGGUUUCCCGUCUCCCAGAAAGCCUGGUCUGUGGUGGCCACGGUCGCGCUCCUGCCUUGCGCGUUCCUGAAGAACCUCAAGGCCGUGUCCAAGUUCAGCUUGCUCUGCACUCUAGCGCACUUCGUCAUCAACGUCCUCGUGGUUGCCUACUGCCUCUCCAGGGCGCGCGAGUGGGCCUGGGAGAAGGUCAAGUUUUAUAUCGACGUAAAGAAAUUCCCCAUUUCAAUCGGCAUCAUCGUGUUCAGCUACACCUCCCAGAUCUUCCUCCCGUCCCUGGAGGGAAACAUGCAGAAGCCCAGCGAGUUCCACUGCAUGAUGGAGUGGACUCACAUCGCAGCCUGCGUCCUCAAGGGCCUCUUCGCCCUGGUGGCCUACUUGACUUGGGCAGACGCCACCAAAGAGGUCAUCACGGAUAACCUGCCUUCAACCAUCCGGGCUGUGGUGAACAUCUUCCUCGUUGCCAAGGCGCUGCUAUCUUACCCGCUGCCAUUCUUUGCUGCAGUUGAGGUUCUAGAGAAAUCCUUUUUCCAAGAUGGCGGGCGAGCCAUCUUCCCUGACUGCUACGGCCCUGGUGGGCAGUUGAAAUCAUGGGGUCUGGGCCUUCGAAUUGGCCUGGUAGUCUUCACCUUGCUUAUGGCCGUCUUUGUUCCCCAUUUCGCCCUCCUUAUGGGUUUAACUGGGAGCCUCACCGGCGCUGGCCUGUGCUUCCUCUUGCCAAGCCUCUUCCACCUGAAGCUCCAGUGGAGGAAUCUCCUGUGGCACCACGUCUUCUUUGACGUUGCCAUUUUUGUCAUUGGAGGCAUAUGCGCCAUAUCUGGCUUCAUUCACUCGAUUGAAGGGCUCAUAGAGGCGUUCAGGUACAAUAUCCACGACUGAGAGCUUCAGAGAUGACCUUUAUUUAAUGAUGGUGUCCUGAAAUGCCGCACUCUGGCAGGUUGUCAUGACGCAGACCUUAUCAAAACAUCAUGUUGACCACUUGACAUAAAAGCCCAUGAGGAGGAUUAUUUGUGUGAAAUGUACAUCUUUUUAUUUUGCCUUCGUGAUAAUGUGCAAUAAUAAACUCUACAAUCAUAGUGUAAAGUAGUCUACUCAUUCCAGAAAACAUGUUUUAUUAAGUGGACAGAGGAACACAACCUCCGCAUGAAAGGGGGUGAUUAAAUAUGCGGGCAUUAACAAGCCUGUCCGGGUAUCAGUCUUCAUGCAAAUUUGUCAAAGAUCCAGUGAAAAUGUCUGCCAUGGGUCUAACUGUGAGUGUGUACAUGUUUAUAUCUGGGGAAUGAAAUAUGUGAAAAACAAUGGAGUGAAUAUGUCAUUGGUUUUUGAGCUGCUAGAUAUAUCAUUAAUCCCACUUCAGAGAAAAUAUAAUGCCAGGGCACCCAUCACAUCAGAUGGUGUUCUUUGGAUUAUAAUAAACCAUGAAUAACGUAGGUGUAGUUGUUUAAACAGAAUUAUUUUUUCAGUUUGUUUUCAUUUUGUGAUUUAUUUUCCAUCUUAUGCCUAUAGUAGUCCUCUGUGGCUCGUUUGUUUUCUUGGUGUUUCAAGUGUCAUUCUGGAUGAAGUGAAUUCAAAGUGCAAGCAAGUGGGUCCUAAAUGUGUUAUAUGAAAAAUGUCUAAUAAUAAUAUUCUCUUCCUAUUUAACUUGUUAAUUGUGAUUUAAUGGAAUUAAUCAUGGUGUGUGAGACAAAGAGUAGCUUAUUUGUUGAAUUAAGAGAUAAAUAAAUCAAAUAUUUUAUGGCUGGUGA